UGAGUACUACUAAAAAAAGUGAGAGUAAAAUGUGUGAAAAAGCGGAAAAUGCAAAAACAUUGGUUGGUAUGGCUUUCAAUGAUUUUGGCACUAAUACACUACGUAUGCGACGUAAGUGCAAAAGUGAACGCCGUUUGGACGGUAAGGUUGUGGUCAUUACUGGUGCCAACUCGGGUAUUGGCAAAGAAUCGGCGUUACAGCUAUCAAAACGAGGAGCUAAAAUAUAUAUUGGAUGUCGUAGUCUAGAUAAGGCUCAGUUGGCAAUCAAUGACAUCAAAACGGUAAACCCGAGCGCAGACAUAAUAGCAUUGAAACUGGAUUUGGCGUCUUUGAAGUCUAUCAGACAGUUUGCUUGCGAUUUGAAAGAAAGAGAGCCCGUAAUCGAUAUAUUGAUCAAUAAUGCGGGUAUUAUGAUGUGUCCGGAGUCUAAAACUACUGAAGGUUUUGAGAUGCAAUUUGGUAGCAAUUAUUUGGGACCAUUUUUGUUAACAUUAUUGUUAUUGCCGCAUCUGCGUCAAUCAACACGUGCACGUGUUAUCAAUGUAUCAUCUUCAUAUCACAAAGUGGGCAAAAUUCAUUUCGAUAAUAUAAUGCUGGCUAACGGUGCUUAUGAUCCAACCGAUGCCUACACCCAAAGUAAGUUGGCUCAGGUAUUGGCCACACGAGAAAUGGCCCGACGUCUCGGUGAUGACAGCACUGUAAUGUGUUAUGCUUUGAAUCCCGGUAUCGUCAAGACUGAGCUCCAAAAGUAUGCCUUCAGUAACGAUAUUAUGAGAAAUAUGUUGUUUUUGACGCCAGAAAUGGGAUGUCAGACAACACUGUACUGUACUCUAGAGGAAAGUCUGGAUAACGAAUCGGGAUUUUAUUACGAUAAUUGCAAACGAGAGGACAGUUUUGUUAAACAUGCAGAUAAUAUGGACGACGCAAAAAUGUUGUGGCAGUUAAGCUGCGAACUCGUAGACAUAGAAGAGUCGUACAGAAUCUAA